CCUUGCCUGGAGAUAAGUGGUAAGGCAUUUUGUGAAAUAUUAGAGAAAAAUAGAGGAGUAGGAGAGACCCAGGAGGGAAAAAAAAAAAAAAAGGAGAAAAGAAAAGCUCCCCCACCGUGUUACCUUCCCCAAAGAGCUGAUUUACACGUUCUGAAGUGAAGCAGAAAAAGCCACUGGUGAAAUUGGUGCUUGUCCUGUGCUUAGCAGUACAGGUGGACCAAAAGGGCUGCCUGCCAAGUACUUCUGGUUGGAGGGAGGGGUGGGAGCGCUCACUCCAAACCACUCCUGGAAUGGCUUAACUCGCCCAGCGCGAAUCAAUGACAACCUCUCGCUGGUUGUUGCAAGCUCCCGGAGCAGCGCUGUCGCGUGGAUCCCAGCGUCGGACCCUGGCGGCCCUCAGGACACAGCCGGGUCACCAGCGAGGCGUCCCGGGGGAAGCCAGGGCUCUGGCUAAGAACAUGGCCAGUGGCAUUGACGAACUCAUCGGCAUCCCCUUCCCCAACCACAGCAGUGAGGUGCUAUGCAGCCUCAACGAGCAGCGGCACGCAGGGCUGCUGUGUGACGUCCUCCUGGUGGUGCAGGAGCAGGAGUACCGCACGCACCGCUCAGUGCUGGCCGCCUGCAGCAAGUAUUUCAAGAAGCUCUUCACGGCUGGCAGCCUGGCGAGCCAGCCCUACGUCUAUGAGAUCGACUUUGUCCAGCCAGAGGCCCUGGCUGCCAUCCUGGAGUUUGCCUAUACCUCCACGCUUACCAUCACCACCUCCAACGUCAAGCAUAUCCUCAAUGCUGCCAGGUUGCUAGAGAUCCAGUGUAUCGUGAAUGUAUGCCUAGAGAUCAUGGAGCCUGGUGGUGAUGGUGGUGAGGAGGAGGAUAAGGAGGAUGAUGACGAUGAUGAGGAUGAUGAUGACGAAGAAGAUGAAGAGGAGGAGGAAGAGGAAGAGGACGAUGAUGAUGAUGACACUGAGGACUUUGCUGACCAGGAAAACUUGCCUGACCCCCAGGACAUCAACUGCCCCCAAAGCCCCUCCAAGACAGACCAUCUGACAGAGAAGGCCUAUUCAGACACACCCAGGGACUUCCCCGACCCCUUCCAGCCCGGUAGCCCUGGCCAUCUGGGGGUGAUCCGGGACUUCUCCAUUGAAUCUCUACUGAGGGAGAACUUGUACCCCAAAGCCAACAUCCCUGACAGGAGACCUUCUUUGUCUCCAUUCGCACCAGACUUCUUUCCACACCUAUGGCCAGGGGACUUCGGUGCCUUUGCCCAGCUGCCUGAGCAGCCCAUGGACAGUGGGCCACUGGAUCUAGUCAUCAAGAACCGCAAGAUCAAGGAGGAGGAGAAGGAGGAGCUGCCCCCACCCCCACCACCACCCUUCCCUAGUGACUUCUUCAAGGACAUGUUCCCUGACCUGCCAGGGGGGCCACUGGGCCCCAUCAAGGCAGAGAACGACUAUGGUGCCUAUCUCAACUUCCUGAGUGCCACCCAUCUGGGGAGCCUCUUCCCACCCUGGCCACUGAUGGAGGAGCGCAAGCUGAAGCCCAAGGCCUCUCAGCAGUGCCCCAUCUGCCACAAGGUCAUCAUGGGGGCUGGGAAGCUGCCAAGGCACAUGAGGACCCACACGGGGGAGAAGCCGUACAUGUGCAGCAUCUGCGAGGUCCGCUUCACCAGGCAGGACAAGCUGAAGAUUCACAUGCGGAAGCACACAGGGGAGCGGCCCUACCUGUGCAUUCACUGCAACGCCAAGUUCGUGCACAACUACGACCUCAAGAACCACAUGCGCAUCCACACGGGCGUGCGGCCCUACCAGUGCGAGUUCUGCUAUAAGAGCUUCACGCGCUCCGACCACCUCCACCGCCACAUCAAGCGCCAGAGCUGCCGCAUGGCACGGCCACGUCGCGGCCGCAAGCCAGCCGCCUGGAGGGCCGCCAGCCUGCUCUUCGGGCCCGGCGGCCCCGCGCCCGACAAGGCGGCCUUCGUGAUGCCGCCCGCGCUGGACGAGGUGGGGGGCCACCUGGGCGGAGCGGCCGUGUGCCUCCCGGGCCCCAGCCCUGCCAAGCACUUCCUGACGGCACCCAAGGGCGCCCUGAGCCUGCAGGAGCUCGAGCGGCAGUUCCAGGAGACGCAGAUGAAGCUGUUCGGGCGCGCGCAGCUGGAGGCCGAGAGGAACGCGGGCGGCCUCCUGGCCCUGGCGCUGGCCGAGAACGUGGCCGCCACGCGGCCCUACUUCCCGCUGUCCGACCCCUGGGCCGCGGGCCUGGCUGGCCUCCCUGGGCUCGCUGGUCUCAACCACGUAGCCUCCAUGUCUGAAGCCAACAACUAAACUGGCCCUGGUGCACCACCCCAGUCCCCAGCCUGUCCUAUCCCCUCUAAGGCCCAGCCGGCCCCACCCUGUGGAUCUGAACUUUCUAUUUUGCAAACACAAAGGGAAAAUAAGAAGUAUAUAUAUAUCUAUAUUAGCUGCGAUGGUAUCUCCCAGGCCUCGGAAGGCAGUGCCUCUCUUUGGCUGGGGCCUGAGCUGAGUAUCACUUCCUAAAGGGUUGGGAGCCACCAUCUCUCUCCCCCUUGCUGUCUCUGACACAGAAACACACAGACUGCCCAUGCCACAGAUGGCCACGCUGGUGCCAGGGGCACCUUGCAGUAGUGUGGGACUGUAAGGAGGGACCACUCGGCCAGAAGGCAGGCUAGGUAGAGCCAGCAUGAGGGCCAAGUCCUGGUCAAGCACCUUGAUUGUGCCAUACUACCCAAUGGGGGAGUCCCUCCCAACACUGCUGUGGGGGUCAAGUUCCAGCUUAGAGGUCCUGGGAUCCAACUGAUCAAUGCCUAUCUGUCAUGCUGACAAAAAUGUCCAAGUGGGAAGAAGACCUCCUGCAGCUAGGAGCUGGCAUGGAAUCUGUCCGUUUUAAUUUUAUUUGUCCUAUGACCUUGGGCAGGUCAAUCCUCUGUGCCUCAGUCACCCUGCUGUGAAAGGGGGUGGUAACUUAAUUUCCCUCCCCCACGUUCAUACAUUGUCACACCUGUUCCUACAAAGAAAGUCUUGGAAAGUAGGAGUUUGCUCUCCCAGAGUUCCUGGGGACACAAUCUAUCUUACUAGCUUGGUUUCAAUCCCUCCACCUGGACAUAAACAUGUUAGUCUAAGUGAGAAAUACCGCUGGUAGAGCUACACAGGGAUUGACAGAGAGAUGGGCAGGGCUUUAGGAACUCCGAAUUCUGCCCUAUUUCCUGACAGGCCAUGGCUAUGUCUGGAACCCUAGGAACAACAGUCAGCAUUUGCCCACCCCCAUUCACCCCUUGAGUGCUGUACAGUCUCCUGGAGCUACCAUGCAAGAGAUGGGACCAGCUUCUAACGCCCACCAACUACCCGCCUUCCCCCAUUCCUGAGAGUAGCACAGCACCUAGUCACCUAGGGCUCAACUGUUUGCUUCUUGAGUGGGGCGCUUUGCUGGUGACACCCUUCUAUUGUGUUUAAACCCCUCACCCUGGUCCCAGCAUUUGACCAAAAGGCUGCCGUACAGGGAGGUGGAAGUCUUUGGGUUGUGAGGGGCUCUGGGUAGCAAGUCAUACUUUGCUGGCUCUGGGGUUGGUGACAGCAAGACGGCAUUGCUGGUCCAUGCCUUCUUGAGUUUGCAUCAGUUUCUCAGGAACCCAGAGAGAAAAAUCCACCUCCUUGGGAGGGCCAGGCCUGGAGUCCCAGAUCCCCGUGCUGUGUGUGCAUGAGACUUGGCUUCCAUUGCCUUGGCUUUUUUCUGUGCAAAUACGCAAACUAAAAGGCCAGAGAAGACCACAGACUCUCCAUCUCACAGCUCUUGCUCCCAUAAGAGACUCCCUAUCUGCUAGUACCACCAAGCUCCAGUCCAUCCCAUCUAGGUGGAUUUGCCUCAGACACCCUCAUCAGUCACUUGCUGGGCAGCUGCCUCUUAGACCCCUGUCUACAGUUCAGGCUCAUUUCUGGACCUACCAGCCAACAUGCACAUGUUCCCCCAUCACCAAGUGACUGCGGCUAAACCAAACUUAGAACCAACAAAGGAACCAAGUGGAAUCCAGUGGUGUCGGGCUUUGGUUUUUAUUUUGUAAAGGUAAUGAGUUCUUAUAAACUCACUUUUUCAGAUGA